AUGUCUAAGGCCGUCGGUUACAAAUCAGUAGAAACGCGGCAUCCGAAAGUUCGGAAGGCCAAUCUCGUGGGCAGGAUCGUCGCGCCUUUUACACAGCCGCGUCAGCCUCGCGGUGUCUCGCAUCCGCGAUUUCAUCUUGUGCAUAGACCGGUUACCAGUUCAUCUUUUCAACAUGAUCACGGCGAAGCCUUACCUCAUAUUGCCACAUUUCGCGGAAUACAAAUCAGCCUACCCGAAGCACCCGAUUCGUUACCACACCACCUGUCCCUUAUUCCUCUGUCAGAGGCACAGGCCCGCGAGGCGAAUCGCCGAAGCGGAACAGCAACGUCUGAGGUUUCCACGAUUUCUCCCUCAAUUCAGUUGACUCAACACAGUGUCUGGGCGAAAAUUGGUGGUCACAAGUCGCUACAGAAUGCGUACGAUUUUGGAACUUUGUCUAACUCGGUCGAUGGUGCCGCCUCUUUGGAGAACGAAGCGAAUGAUCGCUCCUCAGGAUGCAAUGACCGAGCCUCAUUUGCUUUCACCGUUUCGUCAAUUUACUCCAUGGCGAGCUGGUCCGGGCCUAUCAUCUUCGAAGACUCUGUCGGGUCGGAUCAUCUUCAGUAA